CACACACGCCAAUGCAUCAUCACGGGCUUGAGCAGGAAGUUCUGAUGGAAAGACGGACAGACAAGAGUCAGUUAGUUUAAUAUUCAGCAUGAUUAACGUCCUGCAGGUCUGUGUGUGUGUCUCGCUCGCUUUAUUCAUCACUAAUGAAGCCGUCGCAGUGCGCAGAGUGUUUGUGCCCAAAGAGCACUUCCUGUUGCUGUCGUGUGACGGCCAAACAGACGUGCAGUGGAGACACGGAGGUACGAGUCUGAUGAUCGUGAACAGCACGAAGCAGAAGUUCUUCUCAGACGGCAUGCUGUACAUCAGUGACGUGGAGAUGAGCGACUCGGGCCUGUACUACUGCAACGACCGACCCAUGGCACACGUCACCGUGCUCAGAGGUGAUGAUGUUGUUGUGUGUGAAGGUGGAACUCUCUACCUGCGCUGUACGCUCCCUAAACAGCGCUGGGCUUUUAAACACACCGCCGAAUCCAAGAAAGAGUUCAUCUCUACACGCUUCAAGAACGGAACGGUCAUAAAGGAACGUCCGGAUCCAGACUCGCGCUUCACACACACUUCUAACCAUCUACAGAUCCUCAACCUACAGCAGCUGGACUCAGGGACGUACUUCUGCAGCGGCAAAGACAUCGCCGUGGUUACUGUUACAUCAGAGAGCAACACACACCAGUGUCCUACUACAGAAACAACCGAAUGGGGAAAUAACGGCCCUCAGAAGUCUGGAAAUGUGGUGCUAGUUGCCGUCCUCUCUCUGUGUGUGUUAGCCGUGGUUACGGUCGUUCUGCUCUCGGUGAUCAUGUGUCUGAAGUUCAGCAGCAGAAAAAAACUGACAGUCUCCACGCCAGAGGAAAGUGUGCUGCGGCCGCAGAAGAGACGCGCGGGCGGCGCUGAAGCAGUGACGCUUCAAUCAGCAGCAGAUGCAUUGAGGAGCUGUAAUGAUGAGAUCCACUAUGCGUCAUUGGGGAGGCAGAACUGGAGAGCUCGAGGCUGGAAUCAGCAAAGCAGGCAGCAGGUCAUUUAUUCCACACUGCUGCUGACUCCUAAACACACACCUGCACACACACCGUAGGAUGGACACACACACACACACACACCAUAGAACACACACACCCACCCCCACACACACACCACAGAACACACACACCACAGAACACACACACACACACACACACACACACACAAGCACACACAGACACACACACCUACACACCAUAGAACACACACACACAACUACACACACACAACUACACACAUGCAACUACACACACCGUAGAACACACACACACACACACACAUUCACACACUCACACACUCACACACGAUUCUGAAGUAAAUUAGUUAAUCACAAGUUAAAUAGCGUUAAUAAUGAGAUGUUUCAGGGCUGUAAUGGUGUUUCCAGGUUAUAGAAUAAUCCUCUAAUGCAGCUUUAACACAGUGGGAGUUUCCCCUGAACACACUCUCACUCACUUCCUCUCAACAUCAUCAAAUUACAGCUGUUAUAAUAAAUAAACUACAUGCAUGAGAAUGUAGACCAGUUUACUGCCACACAACAAUACAAACCAACAAUAAUAACACACAUGUAUUAAUGUAGAUAAUGUUGUGUGUUUGUGGUGAAGUCACUUUGUUAUGAUCAUUUCAUUUUGAAUGAUUUAUGUAAAAACCUCUGGGGGUUUUUUCUGGAAAAUGAAACUGAAGACAUGAGUAAAGGAACUGAUAAACAGUCUGGAAAAUCAGGGAAAGUCCUGAAAUCCCUCUUUAAUUCAUGCAUCAUGAAUCAGACAUGUGUAAACACAAAGCGCUUUAUUUAUUCACUUACAGCUGAUUUAUUAUUCAUGAGCAUGGUGUAUUUAUCCACACUGUUGAGGCUUCAACACCACA